AUGCGACUCUACCUGGACAACCUCAUAGCUAGCGGUGGAAACGGAAGGGUAUAUCGUGCCCACACGACGGACACCCCGCACCCCGCGAUAUACGCUGUGAAGAAGUCGCACACCACCAAGCUCGUCAAGAAUCCCAUGCUUCUCCACGAGGCAUGCGCUAUGUUACACCUCCAAGGGCACCCAAGUAUUCCCAGAGUCUACGCUUGGGGUAAAACCCAGUACUACGAGUACCUCGCCCUCGAAGAGCUGGGCUCGGACAUCUACGAACCAUUGAAAAGUGGGUCGGGACUUACGAUGCUCAACCUCGUUGCCUUGACGUGCCAGAUGAUUGACGCGUUGGAGUACGUUCAUUCCCUUCACCUUGUCCACUGCGACGUCAAGCCCGGCAAUUUUCUGUUCGAACGCCAUCCCACUGGUAGAAUUAAGCUCAUCGACUGGGGAUUGGCGAAGAUAUACCGCGAUCCCGCGACUCGUCUGCACAGGCCUCAGGAUUCCAUUCCUACUUUGAUCGGCACCAGAACAUACGCAAGCAUCAACGUGCACUAUCAUGUUCGGCCCACUCGUCGGGACGACAUAGAGUCUCUUGCGUAUACCAUCCUUCUCCUUCUCUGCGGCAGUCUGCCCUGGCUGGUAUGCAGGCGGAAUAACGAGGCUUACUUGCGCGAGAAGCUCAAGUGGUCUGGGGCCAUCAUCGCAAACGGAUACCCAUCCGUUUUCGGCGCUUUCCUCGACUACGCGCGCACCCUAGCAUUCGACGCCGAACCCGAUUACUCGGGAUGGAGGCGCCAUUUCAAGGCCAUAGCACCUGGACUUCCCGAACCGUCGCUGUUUUCUCCUUCUGAUACGAGUGCUCGUGUGGGGCAGCAUUAUUGGCCGCCCGUAGUGCACCCCGUGCCUGCAGAUCCUCCGCCGAACAGCGAAGCCCAAGAGAUAUACGGUGACGAUGACAAUUGGGUGCCCACGUCGACCUGGGCCAAUCCUGUGAAUGUUCCGGACGACGAUUUGUUGGGGAACGAAUUGAAGACGGUUUCAAGGUGCUUAGAAAGGAUCGAGGAGACACCUGGGAUGGAUGAGCCUUGGCUUCACGAGGCGAUUGGAUAUCCUCCCGAGACGAUUGUUCAGUGUUGGAUUUGA